UCCAACUCCGACUCUGAAGUGGAAUAGACUCUGCGCGCCUUAGUUCAAUCUGGCUAGACUGAACCAGACUUGGUUGACUGACUUCUGACGCCCAACAAUGCAUACCGAGCCACAAAAGUUUGAAAAGUUAUCUUUACGCACGGGGCUCGCGGUGAGGGCACAAGGGAGUGACAGCAGCUUUGCGCCCACGGAUCAGGCUACAAGUGUUGAUUUCUCUGAAUCCCUGUGGAAAGUCAUUUGAAGAGUCAGGAGGAUACAUGAACAGCCUUCUGCAGUGCCAGAGGAGAGCCAUUAGUCUUUCAGUAUUGGAUAUUGGAACUCAGAAGAUUUACAGGUGGAAUCUGUAUAGUUUUGUUUUUUUUUAAUAAAAUUUCUGUGACAGUUUUAUCCUCAAUAGUAUAAGUAGGUUACAAGUCUUGGAUAAUACCCUACACUACAAAGUCACUUCUGGAGACGUUGGAUCUGAAUUACGCACGGGAUUCUUCUAACAAAUGACAGCUUCUAAGUGGUUUAUUGCUUUCCCACUUCACCCCCUCAGCUCCCUUCAUCGCACUGAUCAACCGUAUCAUCCCCUUCGCCAGGUUAGACGCGGGGAUUGAAAGCUUUGCUGUCUCUCCCAGUGCGCCAGCGUACGGCCGCGGGCCAACUGGCCGAGGAUGUGGGGAGGAGGAUUCCCGAUGUCUGUCACCGUGAUUGUGACACUACUCCUGGUCAUUAUCGACGUUAAAGCCAGCGGGGAGUAUUGCCACGGCUGGCACGACUCCCAGGGCGUGUGGAAAGAAGGGUUCCAGUGCCCGGAGAAGAUCGACGGAGAGGACGCGAUCAUCUGCUGCGGGAAAUGCGAGCUGCGCUACUGCUGCUCCAGCACCGACGCACGGCUGGAUCAGGGGAGCUGCGAUAACGACCGGCAGACUAAGGAGCCCGGGAAAGAGAGCAAGGAGAACAAGGACUCCAGUGCAGUGCCCAUUUAUGUGCCGUUCUUAAUCGUUGGCUCAGUGUUUGUUGCUUUCAUCCUGGUGGGUUCUGUGGUUGCUGUGUGUUGCUGCCGCUGCCUCCGGCCCAAACAGGAACUGUCAUCAGGAGGUGCGACAGGAGGUGGGGCCAGCAGUGGGCGCCUCUUGGAAACCAUCCCUAUGAUGGCCAGCACUUCCAGAGGCUCAUCAUCCCGCCAGUCCAGCACAGCCACCUCAUCCAGCUCCUCUGCCCCUCCCACUGCACCCCGCCCUGCCCCUCCUCCUCUCAUGCGAGCUCAGGCCUCUUGCUGCCUGCCGCCUGAUGCCAGUGUCUUUGUCAACAUGCCCACCAAUUUCUCUGUACUGAACUGCCAGCAGGCCACCCAAAUCAUGCCUCACCAGGGGCAGUUCCUGCACCCACAGUACAUCGGCUAUGCUCACCCUGUGUCCCCUUCUCCAGCCUUCCUGGACCCCACCCAGGGAGGAUACAGACCACUCCAGUCCCCCUGCCCUCCUCCAACCGGAGGGUCCAGUGUCACCAGUGACCAGAAAUACCCUCCAGUGACAGUGUGAUGAGGGGCCAACAUGCAGACCACUCUGCCACUUUGUUGUGAAGACUAACUUGUGAAGUUUAACCUGUGAGGGCUGCGCCAGAGACCUUUUGGGGAUGCUGCCAGAGUGGAAAAAGAAAGGCAGGGAGUCAAACUCGCAUGAAGGACUCAUAAAGCUAUUGCUGGCAGCAGGGCCUGACCUGCUAUUGUGUGUGGUGUGUGUCUGUUUUGUUUGUCAUAUGAUCUCUUGCCCAGCUGGAAUGAGCUAAGCUCAGUCUAUGAUGGGGUAAGAUGGAUGUAUAAACAAUUUUCUGUCUUUAUGCAAAGAUUAAACUGCAUAUUGAAGAGCUACACAGGCCAGAUGGGUGAUAAUGCACAGUUAACUGCAACCUGCAGAUCAAAUAAAGACUGUGCAUGUGUUUGUGUUUGCAUGUAUGUAGAUGGGAGAGUGAGAAAAAGGUUUGUUGGCUUGUAUCUGCUUUAAUGAGUGAUUACUGGAUGAUUUAUAGCAGUGGACUGUAUGAAAAGUGGCUAUUCAAGCAAAAAAAAAAAAAAAAAAUUAUGACCACAUGCUGUUUAUGCCAUGUGCACAUCUGCACUUGUGAAUGGUUGUGAGUGGUUUAUACAAUAGAGUGUAUGUUUGUGUUGAAAGUAUGAGGAAAGAAAGUAUGUGAAAAGAUGUUUGUACUGUACGUGUGUGAGUUUGUGAGUGAGUGUGAAUUGUGGAGGGAUGUGGUCAUAUGAGUGACUGUGAGUGAACUGUAUGUAAUGGGAAAUGCAGGUGGUUUGAUGUGAAAGGCAGUUGCAAUCUCCCUGUAGACCAUUUAAACUCUAAUGAAGUGAACACAGGACACAGACUGUGACGCUCCACCCUACUAUACAACCUCCCUCCUGCCACCCAAAAAGAAAAAACAAAAAAACGUCUGCCCCAACUGCCCUGAGCGGAAACACACAGACACAAAAAUGAAACAUUUCAUGCAAGGCUGCCAGUUAAUGUACCUGAGUAGUGUGAGUGUGUGACAGAGAAGGAAUGAGAGGCAGCUCUCUGAAGAUUACAGAGUUAAUUAUACAGUGAAAACUCUGCCAAAUGCCCCCUUUACUUCUCCCCUGUGAGAGGUGUGUGUGCAUGUGUGUGUGUAUUUAACACUCCCACGGUUCAGUGCGUUAGUAGAGGGCAUGGGCAGCUCCAGGGCAGCUUUGAGUCGUUCUUUUCCACUUAAGAAAGGCACUGAAAUGGCGGCUAUUAGUUGUAAAACAAAAUAAAUAAAGAGUAAAACUUUCAUUUGUUUUCAGCCAUUCUGAGUACUGUUGUGCAGCUGGGUCACUGGUAACUCACAAUUAACCGUAAUAUGCAACUUGAGGAAUGUGCUGCUCCACGGAUUGUGUAGCCUGAGAUGUCCCAUACAGUAGUACUGAAACCAGUACGUCUGUAUACCUCAUCUGUACUCCAAGCACAAUGCCUGUAAGAUACAGUAGGCAGCUUGUGUGUGACAAAGUAAGAGUAUCUGUAAAAUGGUGGACAACAUUUGGUCCAGUGUGUUUGCUCCAUCUGUGUAAUACGGUGAUUUGAUGCAGGAGUGACACUUUUCAUAUUAAUUCUAAAAAAUAAACAACUUUUAAACCAGAAAGCAUGUGUUGAGACCUUAUGUUUCAGUAUUUU